AUGGCGGAUUCAGAUACUAAGAAAGAUGUAGCUCGCACGAAUGAGCGUGGGAUUCCAUAUGCGCCGUUUGUGGAUCGUGUGGAGGAUUAUGUUACGGAGCGGGCGGAUGUAGAACCUACGUUGAAGAGGUUUCAGGAAAUGAUUUCGAAAUAUCAGUUUAUGGAGGUUAAUCAACAAAAGAGAAUUGCGGGGUUGAAAAUCAAUAUGCCGGAUAUUCAGAAGACGCUUGAUACAGAGGGUUCGGACCCAAUACAGGCUACGUUUGAGUUGAAUGAUACUCUGUAUGCCAAAGCCAAUAUUCCAGCUACCGAAGAGGUAUAUUUAUGGUUGGGGGCCAACGUUAUGUUAUCAUAUCCUAUCGAUGAGGCAGAAGAAUUGCUUUCAAAACGACUAGCAGCAGCAAAACAAAGUUACUCAAAUUGUGAAGAGGAUCUUGAUUUCUUGAGAGAACAAAUUACAACUAUGGAGGUUGCUACGGCUAGGGUAUACAAUUGGGAUGUUACGAUGAAACGAAAAGAAAAGAUUGAACAAGAGGCUGCGGAUGAAAAGGAAGGAAAGAGUGGUAGUCCUAAUGGAUGA